AUGGCUGACAAGGAAGCAGCCUUUGACAAGGUGGUGGAAGAAGGCGUGACUAACAACGAGUACAAAAUAUGGAAGAAGAACAGCCCUUUUCUUUAUGAUUUGGUGAUGAGUCAUGUCCUGGAGUGGCCCAGCUUAACUGCCCAGUGGCUUCCAUAUGUGACCAGACCUGAAGGGAAAGAUUUCAGCAUUCAUCGGCUUGCCCUGGGAACACACACAUCGGAUGAACAAUACCACCUGCUGAUAGCCAGUGUCCAGCUCCCCGAUGCUACCGCUGAGUUUAAUGCAUCCAAUUAUGACAAUGAAUUUGGAGGUUUUGGUUCUGUUAGUGGGAAAAUUGAAACAGAAAUCAAGAUCAACCGGGAAGGAGAAGUAAACAGGGCCCCAUACAUGCCUCAGAACCCUUGCGUCGUUGCAACAGAGCCUCCAUCCAGUGAUGUGCUUGUUUUUGACUACACAAAGUACCCUUCUAAAUCAUGUCCUUCUGGAGAGUGUAAGCCAGCUUUGUGUCUCCAUGGGCUUCAGAAGGAAGGUUGUGGGUUUUCUUGGAAUCCAAAUCUCAGCGGGCACUUACUUAGUGUUUCAGAUGACCAUGCCAUCUGCCUACUGGGCAUCAGUGCAGUUCAAAAAGAGGGGGAAGUGGUGGAUGCAAAGACCAUCUUUACAGGGCAUGCAGCAGUACUUGAAGGUGUUUCCAGGCAAGAUAAUUUAUGUUAUUUGUAA